CCUCCAGACAGGUACAGAUUCUUCCGUUCGUUUAUUGUUGACUCAUUCGUGAUGUCAGUUGCUGUGCCCAUGGCGUAUGUUAAGCGGGGCUUCUGGAAUUUGCUCUAAUUUCUAAUGAUGGAGAAUGAAGAAGACUCAGGUGGAGGUGGGAGUUUGGAGGCAGCAGCAAUGGCAGACACUUCUGUGGUGUCCAAGUCCCUACAACGAGUUGUCAUGGGGAUACUUGAAGACAGUGACACUCCUUCUCCUGCUCUCAAGGCCGCACUAGAGGCUCCACAACACAUUGAAGCCAUCAGAAAAUUUAUUUCGGACCCUCUAGUGAAGACUCUGAUUGUACAAAGAUGCGGAACCAAAGAUGAAGUUGAGGAGGGAGAGGAAGAAAGGGACGCAUCUUACACAAUAUCAAAUGGCGCUGUUUUCACCUCGGUUAAAAUGUCCAGUGUGCUGGUGAUGAAACGCGGACAAGUGAUUGAGGCUGACAAGUUAGUGGCGUCCCAGGUGCGCUGCAUUAACCUCAGUGAUGGCAACCCCUACGAGACCCUACAUGCUUACAUCGCUGAUGCCGUCUCUCCUUACUUCAAGAGCUUUGUCAAAGAAUCUGGCAAGCUGGACAGCCGCGAUGGUGACAAGAUGGCUCCUGCUGUAGAGAAGAAGAUGGCUGAGCUGGAGAUGGGUUUGCUGCAUCUCCAACAAAACAUUGACAUUCCUGACAUAUCAUUGAUCAUUCAUCCAGUUGUAGCACAAGUAAUUAAGAAGUGCGCGGAUGAAGGCACUCGUCCCAAAGUUGCCGAUUUUGGCGACAAAGUUGAGGACUCGACAUUCCUGAAUCAACUUCAAGCUGGCGUUGCUCGAUGGACGCGUGAAAUUCAAAAGGUUACCAAAUUGGACCGCGAUCCGUCAAGUGGCACAGCCCUACAGGAGGUGAGCUUCUGGGUUAACCUGGAGCGCGCGCUGUUUAAAAUACAAGACAAGAGAGAGAGCCUCGAGGUGACGCUUACCCUGGACGUUCUGAAGCACGGCAAGCGCUUCCAUGCCACCGUCUCCUUUGACCUCGACACUGGCUUGAAGCCGGCACUGGCGACGGUGUUCGACUACGCGCCGCUCAUGAAAGACUUCCCCCUGGAAGAGCUGCUGUCUGCCACGGAGCUGGACAAGAUCAGGCUCGCUGUAGGGGCGAUCUUCACACACUUGCGUAAAAUACGCAAUACUAAGUACCCCUUGCAGCGCGCCUUGAAGCUGGUCGAGGCAAUAUCCAGGGACCUCAGCGCCCAGAUACUCAAGGUACUAGGCACGCGACGUCUGAUGCACAUCUCGCCAGAGGAGUUUGAGAAGGUCAUGUCUCAGUGCUUCGACGUUUUCCUUGCCUGGGAUGAUGAGUAUGAGAAGUUCCAAGGAAUGCUGAGGGACAUCUUAAAGAAGAAGCGCGAUGAGCAGCUAAAGAUGGUGCUGCGCGUGUCUCCCGCGCACAAGAAGUUGCAGCUUCGCAUGGGUCAGAUGAGGAAGUUCAGGCGACAGCACGAGCAGCUGCGCACUGUCAUCGUCAGAGUGUUGCGGCCCUCGUCUAGUUCGCAAAGCAAGAGUGACGUGGAGGGCGCGCCACCCAAGUCCACAGAGAGCGACCAGGACCUGAAGAGCGACCUCCAGCCUGGCGACCUCAGCGCCAUCGAGGAGGUGAACCUGGCCUACGAGAACGUGAAGGAAGUGGACGGCCUGGACAUUAGCCGCGAGGGCACCGAGAUGUGGGAGGCUGCUCUCAAGCGCUACGAUGAGCGCAUCGACAGAGUUGAGACUCGCAUCACGGCGCGGCUGCGGGACCAGCUUGGCACGGCCAAAAACGCCAACGAAAUGUUCCGCAUCUUCUCGCGCUUCAAUGCGCUGUUCGUACGGCCCCACAUCCGAGGCGCUAUACGGGAGUACCAGACACAGCUCAUACAGCGUGUCAAGGACGAUAUUGAGCAGCUACAUGAGAAGUUCAAGGUGCAGUACCUGCAGAGCAAAGCGUGCUGCAUGUCACAAGUGCGUGACAUUCCACCCGUCGCGGGAAGCAUCGUCUGGGCCAAGCAGAUCGACCGGCAGCUCACCGCCUACAUGCGCCGCGUGGAGGACGUCUUGGGCAAAGGCUGGGAGUCUCACGUGGAGGGCGCUAAGCUCAAGAGUGACGGAGACUCGUUCAGACUUAAGCUCAACACGCAGGAGAUCUUCGAUGACUGGGCCAGGAAGGUUCAGCAGCGUAAUCUGGGCGUUUCUGGCCGCAUCUUCACCUUCGAAACUCUGCGGUCCCGCGCCGGCAAGGGAAACGAAUACAAACUUAAAGUGAACUUCUUGCCCGAGAUCAUCACACUUUCAAAAGAGGUGCGCAACCUGAAGAACUUGGGUUUCCGCGUGCCACUGGCCAUCGUGAACAAGGCCCACCAGGCCAACCAACUCUACCCCUUCGCCAUCUCGCUCAUCGAGAGCGUCAGGACCUACGAGCGCACGCUCGAGAAGCUCAUGGUCCGCGGUGGAAGUCUCCUUAGUCCCGCUCAUAAGAGCACUGCAGUGGGGAUGGAGGACAAGACGAACAUCUUGCUGCUGGUGGCGGGCACGCGGAAAGACGUACAGUCCGUCGUGUCGGAGGGCAUGUCGCUGGUAUGGGAGUCCUACAAGCUGGACCCUUACGUACAGCGCCUCGCAGAAAUUGUCUUCUGCUUCCAAGAGAAAGUAGAUGAUCUGCUUGUGGUGGAAGAGCAGCUGGAGGCGGACGUGAGGUCUCUGGACACCUGCCAGUAUGCGCACCACGUCUUCAAGGAGAUACUCGCCAAGAUCCAGAAGGCCGUUGACGACCUCUCCCUCCACCAGUACUCGAACCUACACAUUUGGGUUCAGAGACUUGAUCAGCAGGUGAGAACCUUCCUAAGACCUCACUGUCACGCUGGAGUGCAGGCGUGGACGGCGGCGCUGAAAGGCGUCGCGGAUGACCCCGAAGACAUUCCCAUGGACACGGACGCGCCGGAUAAGCCAGUCACUUACAAGCUGGGCGGCAAUCCUAAGAUCGAGCAAGUAGUACACGAGGUGCGCAUCACAAACCAGCUGCUUUACCUUCACCCCAGCAUGGAGGAGGCCCGCUACCAGAUCAUGCAGCAGUUCUUUGCCUGGCAAGCCAUAGUCACCAGCCAGAACAAAAUUCAGAGCACGCGUUACCAGGUUGGUCUGGACCGCCCCCUGAAAGAAUGGUACCGGAACCUGAUCUUGAUGAUCCCUGAGGGCAACAAGGGCAGCAUUGCUGCUUACAAGGCCAUCGAUGAAGUCGUCACGCAGGUGCAGGAAUACGUGCAGCAGUGGCUGCAAUAUCAGGCGCUGUGGGACCUGCAGCCUGAUCACCUCUACGGCCAACUUGGCGAGGACGUUGCCUGUUGGAUGAAGCUGCUUCAAGACAUCAAACAAUGCCGCACGACGUUCGACACGUCGGAAACGCGUAAAUCGUUCGGUCCUGUGGUGGUGGACUACGCGAAGGUGCAGAGCAAAGUUUCGCUCAAAUACGACUCGUGGCACAAAGAUGUGCUCAGCAAGUUUGGGCAGCUGCUGGGGCAGGAGAUGACACAGUUCCACGCUCAGGUGUUCAAGAGCCGCAGUGAACUGGAGCAACAGAGCAUAGACUCCUCGAGCACAUCUGAUGCCGUGACCCUCAUCACUUACGUGCAGGCGCUGAAGAGGAAGAUGACGGGCUGGGGCAAGCAGGUGGAGAUGUACGUAGAAGGACAGCGCAUCUUAGAAAGGCAGAGGUUCCAGUUUCCGCUGCAGUGGCUGCACGUUGACAACAUUGAGGGCGAGUGGGGCGCAUUCAAUGAAAUCAUUCGACGCAAAGACACGUCUAUUCAAACACAGGUUGCGCAGCUGCAGCACAAAAUCGUGGCAGAAGACAAAGCUGUCGAGGUUCGCACCAACGACUACCUCCAGGAGUGGGAGCGUGCCAAGCCCGUGGAGGGACACCUAAGACCUGACCAGGCGCUCAAAGAUCUUGCCCUCUAUGAGAGCAAAUUUACUAAACUCAAGGACGAUCGCGACAACGUUGCCAAGGCCAAAGAGGCUCUGGAGCUACAAGAACCUGGAGUUCUGAACACAUCUGAUGACCGCAUGGCCGUUGCAUAUGAAGAAAUGCAAGACCUGAAGGGAGUUUGGACGGAGCUUGCCAAAAUCUGGGAGCAAGUCGAUGAAAUGAAAGAAAAACCCUGGCUUUCCAUCCAACCCCGGAAAUUGCGCUCACAGUUGGAUGCCCUUAUUGGGCAGCUCAAGGAACUGCCUGCUCGCCUGCGACAGUACGCUAGCUACGAGUACGUAAAGAAAAUGUUGCAGAGCUACACUAAAGUGAACGUUCUUAUCAUCGAACUCAAGAGCGACGCUCUAAAGGAGCGUCACUGGAAGCAACUGAUGAGACAGCUUCGAGUAAGUUGGGCCUUGAGCGAACUUACUCUGGGACAGGUCUGGGACGUGGACCUCAACAAGAACGAGGGCAUCUUGAAAGAUGUUAUAAUCACAGCUCAGGGAGAGAUGGCGCUAGAAGAAUUCCUUAAGCAAGUGAGGGAGUCGUGGCAAAACUACCAGUUAGAUCUUAUUAACUACCAGAACAAGUGUAAGAUCAUAAGAGGAUGGGAUGACCUCUUCAAUAAAGUGAAGGAGCACAUCAACAGCGUUGCGGCCAUGAAGCUUUCCCCUUACUAUAGAGUAUUUGAAGAAGAUGCCUUGACAUGGGAGGAGAAACUAAACCGCAUCAGCGCUCUCUUCGACGUAUGGAUUGAUGUACAGAGACGCUGGGUUUACCUUGAAGGUAUUUUUUCCGGCUCUGACGACAUCAAGGCUCUUCUACCUGUCGAGACAUCGCGGUUUGCCAGCAUCAGUACAGAGUUCCUGAACCUCAUGAAGAAGGUGGGCAAGAGCCCCAUGGUCAUGGAUGUACUCAACAUCCAAGGUGUUCAGCGUUCUCUUGAACGGCUUGCUGACCUACUAGGCAAAAUUCAAAAAGCUCUUGGUGAAUACUUGGAGCGAGAACGAUCGUCGUUCCCACGUUUCUAUUUCGUUGGAGACGAAGAUUUGCUGGAAAUAAUCGGCAACAGUAAGAACAUCCCUCGCUUGCAGAAGCAUUUCAAGAAAAUGUUUGCCGGAGUUGCUGCAAUUAUCCUAAAUGAGGAUAAUACAAUCGUCACUGGCAUUGCUUCUCGUGAAGGCGAAGAAGUCAUUUUCAAGAAUCCCGUGAACACCAUCGAAAAUCCAAAAAUAAAUGAAUGGCUGUCCCUUAUCGAAAAAGAAAUGCGCAUGACCUUGGCUCAAAACCUUGCCUCUGCGGUUUCAGACAUCCGUCAACUCAAGCACUCCGGCACGAACUCAUCUGCCUACAUGGAGUGGUGUGACAGCUACCAGGCGCAGCUCGUGGUGCUAGCUGCGCAGAUCAGCUGGAGCGAAGACGUCGAAGGAGCCCUUGCGUCAGGCGACUCGACAGCCCUAAACAAUGUCUUACAGCAGGUGGAGUCCACAUUAACCCUGCUAGCCGACUCUGUGCUACAGGAACAGCCUGCACUGCGACGCAAGAAACUAGAGCAUCUCAUUAAUGAGUUUGUUCACAAGCGAACGGUCACUCGCAACCUUGCAAGGAUGAACAUCAACAACUCUAAAUCCUUCCAGUGGCUGUGUCAAAUGCGAUACUACCUCGACCUGAAGCAAACCGACCCUCUGAAGCAACUGAGCAUCCACAUGGCCAAUGCCAAGUUCAACUAUGGGUUCGAGUACCUCGGAGUGCAGGAUCGUCUCGUGCAGACGCCUCUUACGGACCGUUGCUACCUCACCAUGACCCAGGCGCUUGAGUCGCGUCUUGGCGGUUCACCCUUUGGACCCGCCGGUACAGGCAAAACAGAGUCCGUUAAAGCCCUCGGUAACCAACUCGGGCGCUUCGUUCUUGUCUUCAAUUGUGACGAAACGUUCGAUUUUCAGGCCAUGGGGCGAAUCUUCGUCGGUCUUUGUCAGGUUGGUGCCUGGGGCUGCUUCGAUGAGUUCAACCGUCUUGAGGAGCGGAUGCUGUCUGCGGUGUCUCAGCAGGUGCAGACCAUACAAGAGGCCCUCAAGGGAGAGGCUGAUAAUAAGAGCUCUGCUGGCACCAUUAGCGUCGAGCUCGUCGGCAAGCAGGUCAAAGUUUCCACGGACAUGGCAAUAUUCAUCACAAUGAACCCUGGCUACGCCGGUCGUUCCAACCUCCCCGACAACUUGAAGAAGCUCUUCAGAUCCCUGGCCAUGACGAGGCCUGAUCGCCAGCUUAUAGCGGAAGUGAUGCUCUUCAGUCAAGGCUUCCGCACUGCUGAGAAGCUGGCGAGCAAGAUUGUGCCCUUCUUCAAGCUCUGCGACGAGCAGCUGUCGAAUCAGUCGCACUACGACUUCGGGCUGCGCGCCCUCAAAUCUGUGCUUGUGUCCGCCGGCAACGUCAAGCGCGACCGAAUCUUGAGGAUCAAGGAAGAGAAACUCUCACAGAACGAAAGAGUUGAUGAGGCAGAUAUUGCCGAACAUCUUCCAGAACAGGAGAUCCUCAUUCAGAGUGUUUGCGAGACCAUGGUCCCGAAGCUGGUAGCUGAAGAUAUCCCGCUGCUCUUCUCGCUACUUUCGGACGUCUUCCCUGGCAUCGAAUACAACAGGGCGCAAAUGACGGCACUCAAGGAACACAUUCGCAGCGUUUGCCGCGAACAAUACUUCGUGUGCGGUGAAGCGGAGGAACAAGGCGCUCACUGGAUGGAGAAGGGGCCUAGCCCUGGUGAAGGAUGGUGUGACAAGGUACUGCAGCUGUACCAAAUCAGCCAACUGAAUCACGGCCUGAUGAUGGUCGGUCCGAGCGGGUCCGGGAAGAGCACCGCAUGGCGUGUCCUGCUCAAGGCGCUUGAGCGUCUGGAGGGCGUCGAGGGUGUCGCUCACGUCAUCGACCCUAAGGCCAUGAGCAAGGAAGCCCUGUAUGGUGUGCUGGACCCCAACACCAGGGAAUGGACUGACGGUCUAUUUACCCACAUACUCAGGAAAAUCAUCGACAACGUCCGCGGCGAGAUUGGUAAGCGCCAAUGGAUCAUCUUUGACGGCGAUGUGGACCCCGAGUGGGUUGAGAACCUUAACUCCGUUCUCGACGACAACAAACUCCUGACGCUGCCCAACGGCGAACGCCUCUCGAUCCCACCUAAUGUCAGGAUCAUGUUCGAGGUUCAAGAUCUUCGCUACGCGACUCUUGCGACCGUGUCUCGCUGUGGCAUGGUGUGGUUCUCAGAAGACGUGCUGAGCGUCGAGAUGAUCUUCCAGCACUACCUGGCCAAGCUGCGACACAUCCCCGUGCAGGAUGUUGAUGAUGAAGCCAUGGCGUCUCUCGUGCUCCACAAGAACGCUAAUCAAGAGAAUGAGGAUGACGGAACUUCACCUGCUUUGCAGGUGCAGAGUGACAUCGCUGCCAUCCUCGCCCCCCACCUCACGCCUGACGGACUUGUGGUCAAGUGCUUGGAGUUUGCAGACUCUCGUCUUGAGCACAUCAUGGACUUUACGAGGAUGCGUGCCUUGUCUUCACUCUUUGCUCUCUUCAACCAGGCUGUGAGGAACGUGCUCCUAUACAACAAUGCACACCCCGAUUUCCCGAUGCAGAGCGACCAGCUUGAGAGGUACAUCCCAAAAGCCUUGGUGUACUCACUACUGUGGAGUUUUGCCGGCGACGGUCGCCUCAAGGCGCGCAGUGACCUGGGUAACUUCAUCAGAGACAACACCACCAUCCCACUCCCUGCUGGCAACCUGCCCAUUGUCGAUUAUGAGGUGAACUUGAGCGGCGAGUGGUGCCCGUGGUCCAACAAAGUACCCGUCAUGGAAGUGGAGACUCACAAAGUGGCAGCUCCUGACGUGGUUGUACCCACCGUGGACACUGUGCGUCACGAGGCUCUCCUCUCAACGUGGCUAGCCGAGCACAAACCUCUCGUCCUGUGUGGCCCUCCUGGAUCGGGCAAAACUAUGACUCUGUUCUCCGCCUUGCGAGCGCUUCCAGAUUUGGAGGUCGUUGGCCUCAACUUCUCGAGCGCCACCACGCCCGAACUUGUCAUCAGAACCUUUGACCAUUAUUGUGAAUACCGUAAAACUCCAAACGGCCUAGUUUUGUCGCCCAUUCAACUAGGUAAAUGGCUUGUAGUCUUCUGUGACGAAAUCAACUUGCCAGAUAUGGACAAGUAUGGUACUCAGCGCGUGAUCAGCUUUCUCAGACAGAUGGUCGAGCACGGAGGAUUCCAUCGUAUCUCUGAUCAGGCAUGGGUGAAACUAGAGCGCAUUCAGUUUGUUGGUGCCUGCAACCCGCCUACCGACCCUGGUCGUAAGCCUCUGUCCCACAGGUUCUUACGUCACGUACCUGUAGUGUAUGUGGACUAUCCAGGGGCAACAUCCCUGACUCAAAUCUACGGCACGUUUAAUCGUGCCAUGCUGCGCAUUGUGCCUGCCCUGCGAUUGUACUCUGAGCCGCUGACGGCUGCCAUGGUAGAUCUUUACCUGAGCUCCCAGGAACACUUCACUCAGGACAUGCAGCCGCACUACGUUUACUCGCCACGUGAAAUGACGCGCUGGGUACGAGGCAUCUGUGAAGCUAUACGCCCGCUGGAAACUCUUGAACCUGAAGGCCUGGUGAGACUUUGGGCUCAUGAAGCUUUGCGGCUCUUCCACGACCGGCUCGUCACAGACGACGAAAGGAAGUGGACAAAUGGUGUAAUAAAUUCCAUCGCCGCCAAGCAUUUCCCGAAUGUAAACUUGGAAGUUGCUCUUGCUCGGCCAAUCCUCUACAGCAACUGGCUGUCCAAAGAUUAUCUGCCCGUUGACCAGGAGGAGCUUCGCGAGUACACCAAAGCUAGACUCAAAGUCUUCUACGAAGAAGAGCUCGAUGUGCCUCUGGUGCUCUUCAAUGAAGUGCUGGAUCACGUGUUGCGCAUUGAUCGUAUCUUCCGGCAGCCGCAAGGACAUCUGCUGCUGAUUGGAGCCUCGGGCGCUGGUAAAACAACUCUAUCGCGCUUCGUUGCUUGGAUGAACGGACUCUCGAUCUUCCAAAUAAAGGUACACAACAAAUACUCUGCUGAUGACUUCGACGAGGAUCUGCGCACUGUGCUGCGGCGGUCGGGAUGUAGAGACGAGAAGAUCUGCUUCAUCUUGGACGAGAGCAACGUGCUGGACUCUUCAUUCUUGGAAAGAAUGAACACGCUGCUCGCUAACAGCGAGGUGCCUGGCCUUUUUGAAGGUGACGAGUACACAACCCUGAUGACUCAGUGCAAAGAAGGCAGUCAACGUGAGGGUCUCAUGCUGGACUCCAGCGAAGAGCUGUACAAGUGGUUCACAGGCCAGGUGAUGCGCAACCUGCACGUGGUGUUCACAAUGAACCCCUCUACAGACGGCCUCAAGGACCGCGCUGCCACCUCUCCCGCUCUGUUCAACAGAUGUGUGCUUAAUUGGUUCGGUGACUGGUCCAAUGGAGCUCUCUUCCAGGUCGGCAAGGAAUUCACCAAUCGUAUGGACUUGGAUAGAACCAACUGGGUGGCACCGGAUUACUUCCCGGUGACUUACGAAGGACUUCGGCCAAACCCAUCACACCGCGAAGCUGUCAUCAACGCUCUCGUGUACGUCCAUCAAACCCUGCAUCGUUCGAAUGCGAGGCUCGCCAAACGUGGCGUCACCGUCAUGGCCAUAACACCAAGGCACUACCUGGACUUCAUUCAACACUUUGUGAAGCUCUACCAGGAGAAGCGUAGUGAACUCGAAGAGCAGCAACUACAUCUGAACGUCGGCCUUGCGAAGAUCGCUGAAACGGUGGAACAAGUCGAACUAAUGCAGAAGUCCUUGGCAAUCAAGAACCGCGAACUUGAGGUUAAAAAUGAAGCCGCUAACGCGAAGCUCAAGCAAAUGGUGAAGGAUCAGCAGGAAGCUGAGCGUCAAAAGGUGGCCGGUCAGGAGCUGCAAGAGGCGCUGCAGGAGCAGAAGAAAGCCAUCAAGAGUAAGCAGGAGAGCGUACUGCAGGAACUCAGCGGCGUCGAGCCUGCCGUCUUGGAGGCACAGAACGCUGUCAAAGCGAUCAAGCGUCAACAUUUGGUCGAGAUCAGAUCUCUAGCCAACCCUCCGGUGGCUGUGAAGCUGGCGCUCGAGUCCAUCUGCUUGCUCAUCGGCGAGGCUGCCACUGACUGGAAGGGAAUCAAACAGGUCACCAUGCGGGACAAUUUCAUCAACACUAUCGUCAAUUUCAACACUGACGAUAUCACUGAUGAUAUCAGAGAGAAGAUGCGCUCGCGCUACCUCUCCAACCCAGACUAUAACUUCGAGAAAGUGAACAGAGCAUCACUGGCCUGUGGUCCUAUGGUUAAAUGGGCCAUUGCGCAGCUAGAGUACGCGGACAUGCUUAAAAAGGUCGAGCCUCUAAGGAAUGAACUCAAAGAUCUAGAGGGACAAGCUCAGAAGAAUAUCGUCAAACACAAUGAGGUGAACGCCCACAUCGCUGCCCUGGAGAAGUCCAUCGCGAGCUACAAGGACGAGUACGCCGUGCUCAUCUCCCAGGCGCAGGCCAUCAAGACCGACUUGUCCAGCGUCGCUGCCAAGGUUGACCGGUCCAUGGCUCUCAUCAGGGACCUCUCGCUUGAGAAGGACAGAUGGGCGGCCACUUCUGAGACUUUCAAGUCGCAAAUGUCGACAAUCAUCGGUGACACUCUGUUGUCGUCCGCCUUCUUGGCCUAUGCAGGCUACUUCGAGCAACAGUUCCGCCAGAACCUAUUCACCAACUGGUGUGCGCAUCUGCAGCAGUCAAACAUUCAGUUCCGUAGCGAUAUUGCUCGCACGGAGUAUCUUUCUAACCCCGACGAACGACUGCGCUGGACCGCGAAUGCCCUGCCUGCUGACGAGCUCUGCACAGAAAAUGCCAUAAUGUUGAAACGCUUCAAUAGAUAUCCUCUGAUAAUUGAUCCGUCUGGUCAAGCCACAGAGUUCAUCAUGAACGAAUACAGCGAGAAAAAGAUCACAAAAACAAGUUUCUUGGACGAUUCGUUCCGGAAGAAUCUUGAGAGCGCAUUGCGUUUUGGUAACCCACUGCUGGUGCAGGAUGUGGAAAACUACGACCCCAUCCUGAACCCUGUAUUGAACAGAGAAUUGCGCCGGACUGGUGGCCGUGUCCUCAUUACUCUCGGUGAUCAGGAUAUCGACUUGUCUCCGGCAUUCACCAUAUUCUUAUCCACGAGAGACCCAACCGUGGAGUUUCCUCCCGACCUCUGUUCCCGCGUUACUCUGGUAAAUUUCACCGUGACGCGUUCGUCACUACAGUCCCAGUGCCUCAACCAAGUUCUUAAAGCCGAGCGUCCUGAUAUAGAUGACAAACGCAGCAAUCUCCUGAAACUACAGGGAGAAUUUCAACUCCGCCUGCGCCAAUUGGAGAAAAAUUUGCUGCGAGUCUUGAAUGACUCGAAGGGACAAAUUCUAGACGAUGAUUCAGUCAUCACGACACUAGAGACGCUCAAGAAAGAAGCAUCGGAUAUAUCUCUGAAAGUCCAAGAAACUGAAAAAACCAUGAACGAAAUCGAGAUGGUUUCCCAACAGUAUAUGCCUCUGAGCAGCGCUUGCUCCAGCAUCUACUUCACUCUGGAUGCUCUCCACCAGGUGCACUUCCUUUAUCAAUAUUCACUUCAGUUCUUCUUGGAAGUUUUCAAGGAUGUCCUAACCAACAAUCCAAGACUUGCCUCUCAGACCGACUAUGCCACUCGACUAAGUAUUGUCACCACAGACUUGUACCAAUUGACUUUCGGCCGCGUGGCACGUGGCAUGAUCCAUAAGGAUCGCCUCACUUUCGCCAUACUACUGGCCCGAAUACACUUGAAAGGGCUCACCUCUGAGGGCCUAUGCGAUGCAGAGUUCCAGUUCAUGCUUCGCGAUAAAGAAGGACUCCUCAACACGUCGACGUCCGCUAUUGCAGGCCUUACGCCCGAACAGUCGCAAUCUAUGAUGCGUCUGGCAUCAAAAGUACCCACUUUCAGGAACGUCGAAUCAAAGAUCGGAGGCACCGAUUUCGUCUCAUGGCUAAACAGUUCCAAAGCCGAGAUGAAUGUGCCGGUGUUGUGGGAGAGCGAAAAGCAGCUCACUCAAGUGAGCGAAUGCGUAUAUAAAAUGCUUGUGGUACAAGCAUUUAGGCCGGAUCGAUUCUGCGCCUCUGCCGCGCUCUUCGUCAACGCUGUGCUUGGUGAUGGAUUCCUCAGCAUUGGUGAACGAGAGGUUGACUUCAACGUGGUUGUGCAAGAAGAAGUGAAGGGCUCCACGCCGUUGCUGUUGUGUGCCAGUCAAGGAUUUGACGCCUCAGCGCGUGUAGACGAUCUUGCCGCAGAACAAAACAAACCCAUAAGUUCCAUUGCCAUCGGCUCCGCUGAAGGUUUCAGUCAGGCCGACAAAGCCAUCAACUCUGCUGUCAAAAAUGGAAGGUGGGUAAUGCUGAAGAACGUUCACCUUGCUCCCGGAUGGCUUGUGCAGCUCGAGAAAAAGUUGCAUCAGCUUCAUCCUCACCCUCAAUUCCGGCUAUUCCUUACCAUGGAGAUAUCACCACGCCUUCCCGUUAAUUUACUGAGGGCUGGUCGAAUCUUCGUCUUCGAACCUCCCCCUGGUGUUCGAGCCAACCUCCUCAGGACGUUCAACACUGUUCCAGCUUCUCGCAUGAUGAAGGCUCCCAACGAACGUGCCCGUUUGUACUUCUUACUGGCUUGGUUCCACGCUGUCACCCAAGAGCGUCUUCGCUACGCUCCUCUUGGCUGGGCUAAACACUACGAGUUCAACGAGAGCGACUUGAGGGUGGCUUGUGACACGCUCGACACCUGGAUUGACGCAACUGCAAUGGGUCGUACGAAUCUGCCUCCGGAAAAAGUUCCGUGGGAUGCUCUAGCCACCCUCCUGUCGGAAUGCAUCUAUGGCGGAAAAAUCGACAACGAAUUUGAUCAACGCCUCUUGGCCUCGUUCCUGUCGAAACUUUUCACCCCAAUGAGCUUUGACCCGGACUUCCCGUUGGUCAAAAAUACUGAAGGUAGCGAAAACAUCUGCAUGCCGGACGGCAUUCGACGAGACCAGUUUCUACACUGGAUUGAAGCCCUCGGUGACAGGCAGAGUCCGUCUUGGCUUGGCUUGCCAGAAAACGCCGAGAACGUUUUACUCACUACCAGGGGUACAGACCUGCUUGCUUCUCUUCUCAAGAUGACAGUGCUGGAAGAUGACGAUGAACUCGCGUAUGCUGGUGUGGAAGAACAUUCGGGUGUAAGGGACUCUGGUAACCAAAGCAGACCUUCAUGGAUGGUGACCUUGCACCAGUCAGCUACUACGUGGCUCUCCUUGCUGCCGGAAAAAGUCCCGAUAUUACGACGCACUCUGGAAAACAUCAAGGACCCUCUUUACCGGUUCUUCGAACGUGAAGUCAAUUCCGGUGCCAAGUUACUGAAACGUGUGCGUACCGAUCUGACGGAUGUAAUCCUAAUAUGCAAAGGAGAUAAGAAACAAACGAAUUACCACCGUAACAUGGUCAGUAAACUAGUGAAGGGAAUAAUCCCCGAUCUAUGGCUCAUGUAUACAGUGCCCAAGACUGCGACGGUGAGCCACUGGGCCACCGACCUUGCACACCGCAUGAAGCAGCUGCAGGAUGUGUCCCAGUGUGUAGCUCAGUAUGGAGCUGGUGAACUGAAGAACGUCACCGUCUGGCUGGGGGGUCUCUUCAACCCUGAGGCGUAUGUGACAGCCACUCGACAAUGCGUUGCUCAGGCUAACAGCUGGUCUUUGGAAGAGCUCACCCUCAAAGUCACUGUCACAGAUGAAGGCCAAUCACCUCAACAAGGUGGCUUCAAUAUCCGCGGCUUGAAACUCCAAGGAGGCAAGUGUGAGAAAAAUGUACUGUAUCUAUCGUCUCAAAUUAUGAACGAGCUGCCGCUGACUACCUUGUGGUGGGUUAGAGCUGAAGAGGGCGACAAGUUGGGCACGAAGUCUCCGCCCAUCACUCUGCCAGUCUAUCUGAACGCUACUCGAACAGACAUGCUUUUCACAAUCGAAUUGCAGUCAGCUGAUGGAUUGAAUGCUCACAGCUUUUACGAACGUGGCGUUGCGGUUCUAUCUUCUACUAGUUUGAACUAACAAGUUCAUCUCCUCGAAAAAUAAUCUCAGCUCCUGGUGGUAGCUAAUUGUAUAUGUUUGCGUUUAACUUUGUUUAAAUUUUAGAGUCGUUACUAGUUUGGGAAGAAUAUCCUGUCAUUCCAUAGAUACAUUGCGUAAACUCCUUCGUCUAAUUUUGCCUUGGGCAAAAAUCUUGUGAAUAAGUUUUAUAGCUAAAACUUGUUUCAGAUUUCAAAGCAUCGUGCAUGGACGAUAGUGAAUUUUUAGAUUAUUGUCGUCACUUUGUUGAACCUUUUACUGAACCAAACAAUUUUCUUUGCUAUUAACUUGAAUAAGUUCUAAUUAAACCCUUAGGAUAAAGUGUUAAACCCCUUAUUUUUUAUUUAGAAUUGUUGGUCAGGAAUAUCAAAUUGUAGUAGUUUCGCUCGAACGUAAUGAUUUUCUUUUCGAGUGUAUACGCUAAUGUGUUGUGAUGUAUUUACCUAAUGCAAACUAAUAAAUUAUUAUCCAUA